AUGGCGUCACCCACACACACAGAAUGGCCAAAGCACACGCGGGAACCAGGCGUCGAGGAAGGCGAAGAGCGUGAAGAGCGUGAGGCGAAGCGCGUGCGCCUGUCCGAGCCUCCUUACCAUCACACUCCACCUGAGGGCGAACCGGAAGUUGACAGCGACUUUGAGCCUGAACACGAACACGAGCACGAGCACGAGCAAGACGACCACCCGGAUCCUGGUAGCGCGCCGAAGAGGGAGAAGAAGAAGCGCGUGCGCACCGAUCGUGAUCGAGAGCGUGAUCGUGAACGGCGACGAGAGCGCGACCGCGCCCGCCGGGCAAGGCAAGCGGCCGAGCGGGAGGAGGCCAAGGCUGCUGAGGCGGAUGCGGCUGCAGUCGAGGCCCAGCAGGUUAGGGAGGAUACGGAAGAAGGGGAAUAUUGCGUCUGUAACGGCGCGAACGGCGAGGAAGGCGGCACCAUGGUCGGAUGCGAGACGUGCGACAACUGGUUCCAUCCCGCAUUCUGCUCAUCGCGCUGCGCAUUCGCUCAUGCGCGUGCUCUCCUCUCCAACGUCGAGAAGAAGGAUGUGAAGGCGCUCGAGACAGCACUAUCGGCGUACCCCUCACCCGCGCCAAUUGUCAGCAUCGACCGGGCGGACGACCACAGCCGCGCCGUGCUAGAGGGCGCACAAGACGCCGCGACGCUAGCACUACUCUCCUCCCUCCAGCGACAGAGCGCCGACGCUGAAAGAGCACUCGCCAUCCUCGCCCGGCGGCAGGCCAUGCUCGCCUACGCCGUUGGGGUUUGGGAGAGUCUCGUGCCAGGGGUAGUGGAGGAGCCCAAGAAGCGGAGCAAGAAUAAGAAGCGAGACGGGGAGAAGGAUCCGCGGCCGUGCGGAUUCGAUCUGCGGUUGGUGUGGAGCGAUGCUGAGGUGGCUGUGUGGGAUGGGAGUGAGAGAGAGGCCACCCCUCCGCAAGAAGAGGAGGUGGACAAGGAGAAGGAGACGGCGCUUGAGCGCGCGGCACGGCUGGGGCUGUGUGCGGUUGGACGUAGGUGUGAGCGACACGCUGGGUGGCAGAAGACACUGGCGGUGCAGCUCGAGGUUGAGGCGACGCAGCUCACGCGGCGGCGGGACGAGCUUGCCAUGUUGGGCGAGCGGAUUGAGCGUGCAGGAACGACGGCGGUUGCGGCGCGCCGCGCUCGCAAUGAGAUGCACGCCGCGCUGGAGGCCAAGGCCAAGACCAAGACCUAG